UAACAACCUAACCUUAAAUUUCUGACAAACAUGAGUUAAAAUAAUUGCAAAUCAAAAUAAAUUAAAAUGUUUAAGGUUCAUAAAUCGGCCCUCCACACACUAACCAAAACGUCAGAACAACUGAAAUCAAUUGUUGAAAAAGGAGAAAGGAAAAUAAAAGGGACGUUUCUUGAAAAAUGGGUGAAGUAUUGGAAAUUGCUCUACAAAGAUUAUACAGAAGUAGCACUGUCUGUUAAACAAGAUCUCCGUGAAAGACCCAUAAAGUCGGCAUUUACAAUCGCAGGUUUAUCAGCUGUAGGAUUAAUGAUUUGCAAAAAUCCAGACAUGCAAAGCUUCAGGGCUAAAUAUUUAGAAUGCCAAAACAACCUAUCUGUAGUGUCACCAAGUUUAGUCAAUCCUGUUUCUGUGGACUAUUUGAAGUACAUUGAGAAAUGCUACAAUGGAGGCCUCAUUCGCCACACCAGCUUAGGACUUUUUUCAGUUGUUUGGAGAGACAACUACAGUGAUGAGUGUGAUAUCUAUGAAAAUAAUUGUUCAUAUCUGCAACUACCAUACAGUAAAUUUCCCAGUAGCAUUAUUGAUAUAGGUUUUUUGAAUAUUUGGUGGAUCACAUCAAGAAAAAUGAUAGACUACGAUAUCAACUACUAAAGAUGAAUGUACAAUAAAAAUAGAAUUAUACUUAUGUAAAUUAAUAGUUAAAUAAAUAUGGAAAUUAA